AUGGCGUCGUAUACAGAGGAGCUGCAGAAGCCGAAGCUCCGGGAGCUGUUGGAAACCAGCACAGAACUUCUGGAGGAGGUGGAAGCUGCGACCCAGCCCACAGGCUCCAAGCCAAUCCAGGAGAAGGUGAGGAAGGCCUUGAGCCUCCUGGAGAAUGCCUCGGACAUGUUAUCGCAGCUCGAUUUGUUCAGCAGGAAUGAAGACUGGGAAGAGAUUGCUUCCGCUGACCUCAAGUACCUGAUGCUGCCGGCCUUGAAGGGCGCGCUGACGCUGAAGCUGGUGGGUCCCAGCAAACGCCUGGACCUCCUGCGGGAUGCUCGAGAGCACUUCAUGAACUUCCUAAUUCAGAGCCACAACUACCAUGUGGCCGAGUUUCAGCUGCCCUGGACCCAGAGCAGCUCACCGGAAGGUGACCCUGCUGCUGCCACUUCUGACUCCCUGGAGCACAACCUCGUUGCCAUGGCAUCCCAGAGGCAGUCCAAAAUCCAGAGGUACAAGCAAAAGAAGGCUGUGGAGCAGAGGCUGUCUUCUCUGAAAUCGGCAGUGGUGAGUGGCCAGGCAGAUGAUGAGCGUGUCAGGGAAUAUUACCUCCUUCAACUUCGCAGGUGGAUUAGCAUCAGCUUGGAUGAGAUCGAGAGCAUCGACCAGGAGAUAGAGAUCCUGAGGGAAAGAGACUCCUUAGGUGAGGCGUCAGCAUCUCCCAUGUCUACUGAGGAGAGGCCUCCACUAAAACCCUUCGUCCUCACUCGAAGUGUUGCCCAAGCACAAGUCUUUGGAUCUGGGUACCCAAGUCUGGCAACUAUGACCGUAAAUGACUGGUACGAGCAGCGCCAGAAAGGUGAGGUCUCACAAUCUGUUCAGGAAGCAGAAAAGGAGACUCCACCACCUGGGACUCUUGCUUUAUCUGAGCAGGAAGAGCCGGACCUGGAACAAAAGGAAGAUGAUGAUGAGAAUGCCCUCCACAGGAUGCAGGAGUGGGAUGACUGGAAGGACACCCAUCCUAGGGGCUAUGGUAACCGGCAGAACAUGGGCUAA